GAGUCCCUGUUGAACUUUUCAUCUUAAGACCCUCGGCUCUCUUUGUCUCGACUUCCUGCAGGUUUCAGCCGGCUCCCCCGCUCUUCACUCUCACAGUCACUCGAUUCACUCAGUACUCUCAUCGCCAUCCGUUCCUCUCCCUCAAAUCGGCAAUGCAGUGUAAUCUAAGGAUUUAGGUUUAUAUCAGAAUCCUUCAGUUGAGCAUUCUAUUGAUACCAGAAGCAAGGCAGCGCCAGCUAUUGGAGCAUGUUUAGUGCUUAACAUAUUAAAGAGGAGAUUUUGGGCUUUUAAUCAAGCAACAGAAAGGUUUACUAUCUAAAAAGAUAUUUUAUUCAAACGGCAUGGAAGGUUGGGAAGGAUGGUGUUGAGGCAGGAAGUAAUCUGGUGCCUCCAUCCAAUCUUUCCGUCACCCUUCAUUCUCGCCUCUGCUCAGAAGCAAAGUGUCACCCGCUCAUCAGCCUCGCUGCUGCACAUAGGCAAUCUGCUGCCCCUCAUUCUUCCUGCAUCACAGUGGCAAUCCAUCGUAGUUAAAGGGCAAGUGAGUGAACAACAAAAUUGAAGAAGAAGAAAAGUAUAGAAGUGAUAGUUUACUUGUAAGAGCUGAAGGAGAGGUGGGUCGUGAGCUUGACAGUGAUAGUUUUCUUGCAGCUUAGUGCUCACAGUGAAGAAGAAGAAGAAGGUAAGCAAGAGAAUUGAUACAGUGUCAAGUUCAAAUUUUGAUUUUCCUGUUAAAGUUAAUUUGUGAGAGCUUAAAAUUCUUUGUCUAAUUCCCUUUGAACAUGAUAAUUUUGUUUACUGCAUUCAAAAUCCCUUAGUAUUAGAAGCUUUAUUCCUUUUAAGAGCGCUUCUCUAGCCCCAUAAGCUCUAUUUUUCCCCUGCAAACUAUGCCAUUAACAUCACCACCAGCACCUACUGCCGUUGCUAGAAUUACUACCACCAAUUUGAUUCAUAUGGAUGAAAACAGAAGUUUGGAUUGAUAAAUCUUACUGGUCGUUCACUUUUCAGAUAGUUGAAAUUUAUUGGGUUUUCAGUUCUGUGGUUUUAUUGGUUAAGUACUUACAGACAAAAUGGCCCUUUUAUACUUUUCUUUCUUCUCUAUUCAGCAUAUUCCAUUCUGAUUUACAGUCUUCUAAUUCUUUCCAUCAUCUUCAUUCUCUGCAACACCUCCCUAGAAAUCCUCACAUAUAUUUCUUUUCAGUUAAAAGGAAUCAAGACCAAAAAGGCAACUUAAAAACAAGCUUGAUAUUUCUCUCUAGCUUUGUCCAAAGAGUCGUUUAAGAUAUUUGAUUUUUUCCUUUGUUUUUGUCUUUAUUUGAGUUGGAGAAUUUCUUUUUUUUUUUUUUUUUGGAAAGAGUUUUAUUCACAGAAAUUGUUGCUUUACCUUUGGAAUGUGCCAAUGUCAAUGAAUAGUAUUGUCAAGAGGAGCCUGGGCGAGGCGAAAUCUAGGCACCGGAAGCCCCCAGGCAAGGCGCCUUCAACUAGGCGCUGCCUAGGUGAGGCCCAAGCGAGGCGUCACCAGGCUCUCCCAAGGAGAGAAAAAGGCAAGAAACUAAAAAAAAAAAGAAAAGAAAAGUUGGGAAAGAGAAAAGCUGACUUGAUUUGUUUUCACCUUUCGGCAUCCACAUGAUGACUAGAGAAUUAGGAUUUUGAGUUUGCAUGGCAUAAUGAAUGAAAUUGAACUAUGCAUCUAGAUUUUUAAAUUAUAUUAUGUGCAUUAUGGUUUUUGCUUUAACAUUUUGUGUUAUUAGAGGAAUGUUUUGGUAUUAAGCUUAAAAAGUAUAAUCUAUUAUGAAAUAUGAAUAUGAAAUUUGACAAUUUAUUGAUUGUGUAGUAUGUUAGACUUUUUUACAUUGUACAUUUGAUUAUUUAUUAACGCCUCACUUCGCCUGGGUGAGCGCCUAGGGCAAUGGAGGAUCUUCUCGCCUUAAGGGUGCCUAGUGCUUUUGACAAUACCAUCAGUGAAUAUUGAUCACAUCAGUUGAAGAAGAGAACAAUGUUCAUGGGGUAAAUAUCACCAAACCAAUGAUUGAGCUCUAGUUGUCUGUUUUGAAACCUUAAUAUGGCCUCAAGGUCAAACCCAAGGGCCAGUAAUAGACCAAGUUAGGGGCCUUUGAAGAGGCUAAUGGCUUGAAGGGGUGUAAUUGUUGAUGGGUUAGGCAAUGAGGGUUUGGAGAGAGAAACAGAGUGCUUUGAUUGAUGAAUUAAUUUGGAAUGGAAAUUGGGUCUGUAGAAACUAGGAAGGGGGAGCAAUAUAUUUGUUGAUGUUUCUUUUGUAGUAGUCCAGGUAACUAAAGCAUGCUUGACAAUGGAAGAAAGAGAACUGCUCAAGUUGAGUUGAGAAGGAUGUGAGGGAGGGUAUUUGGUCAAGUUCAUUUGUUUGGGGAUUCAAUCCAAGUGCAAAAUUUAGGUAAUUCAGGUAGUGGAUGUAGAAGAGAAAGAAACUGAUACCAAAGAGAGUCCUUUGCUUGAAACAGUUGAUGUAGAAGAGAAAGAAAUUAUACUAUUAAAGAAUGACUUAUUCUCACCUUUCAAAGAUCCUAGUUAUGUUUGCACUGGGUAAACUUUCAAGUUCUGACUCUAUGGGGUAUUAAGCAUUGGAAUUUGAUGACAAGCAUAUGUAUAGGUGAAAAAGAAAACUGGAAAGGAGUAAAUGAGGGUAAAAAAAUAUUUUACUCAUUAAAGGGGCUGUGCUUACAACCUUUUUGGCUGUGGCAAAGCAAUAGCUGCGCCUAAUUUUGUAGACAAUUUCAAUUUCCCCACAAUUAUAUGGUUUUAUGUGGUUGUUCCUGUGUUUUCUAGAUUAGGGGAGGAUGUUCAAGAUGAUGGCAUCUUGCUUCAUUUACCAUUGCCCAGCCAUUACAUGGUGGAUGUCUUACCUGAUACAGGUGGUGCUCCUUUGCCUCAUCUAAACUGGGCUAGUUGUGACAUCUAUGCAUUUAUCCAUUUCAGUCUAAAUAUUUCAUCCAGACAGCACUGUUGUAUAUUGGUCUCAGUGAGCUCGGACUUUUUGAAAAACUUUCUGAAAGCAUGCGCAGAUCUCUGGGAAGAGUUCCUUUGUGGUCAAUUGCAGACUUGUUUAGCAAAUCAAAAUUGCUUAAACAUGGGCAAAUAAAUGUUGCUGGUGAACUGGGAUUCUGUCGAAGUAUUGCCACUUCAGUUGGUAAUAAUGUGCAUAUCUUCUAUCUGGAAUGUGGUGCUAUUUUGGGGUAUGGAAAAGAAUUGACUACAAAUUCAAUUCAGAAGCAAAUUGUUGAUGCACUUGACUUGGGUGACAGAGGCAGAGCGUCCAAUCUGCUUUCAGAUCUUGGCCAUGCAAACAAGUCAUUAAGAGCUGCUGACUUUGUUGAUAUUUUUAGAUACUGUGCAAGAUCACCUGAUCCAUUGUUUGCCAUGGAGAUAUGGAACGUAAUGCAGGAAAAACAGAUUCCCCUCAAUAACAUAUCCUGCCUGUUUAUGACUCAAGCCCUUUGUAAAGGUGGUUAUUUGAAGGAGGCAUUGAAUCUAAUUAAUGUUAUUGGAGAAAAAUAUGGCACGAGUCCUAGUCUUGCUGUUUAUAAUAGUUUCUUGGGAGCAUGUGCAAAAUUGUGCAAUAUAGUUUAUGCCGAUCAAUGUUUGGAUUUGAUGGAGCGCAAAACAAUGGGGAAGAAUGAAGUUACAUACACAGAGCUUCUCAAGCUUGCGGUCUGUAAGCAAAACCUGUCUGCAGUCCAUGAGAUAUGGAAGGAUUAUAUCAAAUACUAUAGUCCAAGUAUUUCUUCUUUGAAAAAGUUUAUAUGGUCAUUUACAAGGUUAAGAGAUAUAAGUUCUGCAUACCAAGCAUUGCAACAUAUGGUAGCUUUGGCCCUUCAAGGAAACACUUCUAUUACUAGCACUGCCGAAGGAAGGUUGUAUUCUUCAAGAUUGGACAUUCCUAUACCUUCUAAUGUUGAAUUAGGCCUUCAGAGAUUUGACAUGAAGGAGUUUGAUGAGCAGUUUGAUCCCGUUAAAGUAGAUCCCUGUACUAGGAGCAUAGAAUGGAGCACUAUUUCUAAAAUCGGAAAAGAAGUUGACAGUUCUGGAAUAGUUGGAUUGGAUAAAACUAAAUGUGUUCCUGCCAUGAAGGUUCUGAGACCAUCUUUUACCGAUGUAAUAUAUGCAUGUGCACAAAACCAAAAUUAUAGAUUAGCAGAGCAGUUAAUGAUUCAGAUGCAAAAUCUUGGGGUGCAGCCUUCAAGCCAUACAUAUGAUGGUUUUAUUAGAGCUGUUAUUUCUGGGAGAGGUAUAAGUGAAGGCAUAAAAGUGUUAGAAAUAAUGCAAGAGAGGAAUUUGAAGCCAAACAACUCGACUCUUGCGACUCUUUCAAUUGCUUGUUGUCAAGUCUUAGAACUUGAUUUGGCAGAGAAUUUACUGGAUCAAAUUUCAGAUUAUCAAUAUCAACAUCCUUAUAAUAGAUUUCUUGAAGCAUGUGAUACUAUGGAGCAACCGGAGCGUGCCAUUCGGAUGUGGGCUAAAAUGAAACAACUAAAAAUCCAGCCAAAUAUCUGGACAUAUGAGCUGUUAUUUUCAUUAUUUGGUAAUGUGAAUGCUCCAUACGAAGAUGGCAAUAUGUUGUCACGUGCAGACUCUGCUAAAAGAAUUAAAGCUAUUGAGAUGGAUAUGACGAAAAAUGGUGUUCAGCACAGCCAUUUAUCAAUGAAGAAUUUGCUGAAAGCUUUUGGAGCGGAAGGGAUGGUAAGAGAGCUUAUAGAGUAUUUACACAGUGCAGAAUACCUUUUCUAUCGCAGUAACACUUAUUUGGGAACGCCUAUCUAUAAUACAGUCUUGCAUUCACUUGUUGAGGCCAAUGAAAGUCACUUGGCAAUUGGAAUAUUCAAAAAUAUGAAAUCAAACGGUUUCUGGCUAAAUGCUGCAACUUAUACUAUAAUGAUUGAUUGUUGUUGCAACAUUAAGUGUUACAAAUCUGCAUCUGCUCUACUCUCCUUGAUGUUGCGUGAUGGGUUUUAUCCACAGGCAGCGACUUAUACUGCUCUCAUAAAGAAUCUGUUGGAUGAUGGAAAUUUUGAUGAAGCCUUGAAACUUUUGGAUCUAGGGAGCUCAGAAGGGAUUCAGCCCGAUGUAUUGUUAUAUAAUAGUAUUCUCAAAAAAGCAUAUGAAAAGGGAAGGAUCGAUGUUAUUGAGCUUGUUGCCGAGCAGAUGCACCGUGAGAAAAUAGAACCUGACCCAUCAACCUGCCACUAUGUGUUCUCUGCAUAUGCAGAACGUCAUUUUCAUAACACAGCAAUGGAAGCUUUGCAAGUUUUGAGUAUGCGGAUGAUUUGUCAAGAGGACCAUGCUUUUGAUGAAAAGAAAGCUGAAUUCGAGGACGAUUACAUUCUUUCUGAAGAUGAGGAAGCUGAGUCACGAAUACUUGAAUUUUUUAGAGGGCCUGAUGAGAAUAUAGCUUUUGCUCUCUUGAAUUUAAGAUAUUGUGCCAUUUUGGGGUUCCCAAUUUCUUGGUCACCAAAUGAAACAUUAUGGGCAAGAAGACUUUCUACUAACUAUGAUACCAUAAAGAGAAUCACACACUAGAUAUUAGCCACUGAAGUUCUUUUCAGAUCAACUUGGCCAUUAGCAUUUACCCUUGAUCAUGUUCACGGUGAGGGUUGCAAUUUUGUCUGGUGAGCAAUGAUAUAACUGCUUCAUAUUUAAUAGUGAUGGGCUCUGUGCAGCACAAUAUUUACAAAUGUAGAUCUUUUUACUUUAUUAUUUUUUUUCGAGAAUCUGAGGUUUUAUAGCUUGACAAUGUUGUAGAAGAGCCGGAUUUGGUUUGAAUCCUUUGUAGCUGUCGGAGGUUGUCUUGUGUUGGUUAGGACUUAGGAGGUCUAGUUUUAUUUGUUAUUCUUGUAAUUUGAUUGAAGGAAUUAUUUGUUUUUAAUAAAAGAUAUAGAAUAUUUCAGAA